UGCAAGAUGUCCCUCAAAAUGUUGCACCAGUCUGCACAGAAAGCCCGAAACAACCACAGUGUGAGAUUCUCCAGCGACGAACUGCCCAAAUUUAAGUCACUGGAAUCCCCGGACGGCAUGCACCCCUUCGCAAACCACUCCCUCCUCAGCGUGGACUCCGGCGCGCCGAGCCCUGACUGCGUCUUCCAGCCAGCAGUCCAGAGAUACAGACUCAAUGAGCAACGAAUCAAGCUCCUGACAGCUAUCAACCAGAUAGUCCAGCAACGAGCCGAUUUAGAAGCGAACAGGUCAACUCUCUCCAGCAUGCUGGAAGAAUUAAGAAGGAAGCUGAAAAGAAGAAUCGAGGAGUGCCACUUUGAUAAGAAAGAGAAGAUGAAGGCACUGAAACAGGCGAACCAGAAACUUGAGAGGGAGAAGUUUAGCGUAGUGACAGAGAUAGAGCAUCUCAAGAGACAUUUGGAGAAGGAGGAGACGCAUCAUUUGCAGCACGCCAGGAAUGCUGUGGCACAGGCGAUACAAGGAGUAACGCGGUCGACAGCAGACCGUCUGUUCGCGCCGUGCUCCGUGGCGGAACUGCCCAACAUCGUCAGCAGAAACGUCGCCCGGAACGCUCCGUCCAGAGUUGCCGACAACAAGCUGGCAGCCGCACGACUAAUGCGUGACAUCGCUGAGCUGAGGCAACGCGUCGCGCAGAUUGAGGCGAGACUCGCGAACGAGCUUAAGCGUAAACGGCAGGCUGAGAUCGACAUUGUGCGACUAAGGAAGGAGCUUUCCACAACCAAGAGCUGUGUCGCCUCGCUUCGGAUGCCGGGUAGGCAACAAUGCUCUAAGUUCGCUUGAAGAAACUUGGAAAUCUAAUCUAACCAGCGAACGA